CUGAACGUACCCCGUACGAUUCGCUUCCAUUCCGAGAUCCGGAAAAGGUUGGCGUUGGUUUUGUGUGAAACUUUUCGUUUGCCUGUUUUCUUCAAUACCAUCUACACUUGUGUGAAUAUAGAACUAUAGGAGAGAGGUCGGGUACAGUUAUCAUAUAUAUUCGGUCUGUGAAAUAUAAAAGAUAAAGAACCAUGUCUUACAUGUUACCACAUUUACACAAUGGAUGGCAGGUGGACCAAGCCAUUUUAUCUGAGGAGGAUAGAGUAAUCGUGAUUCGUUUCGGGCACGAUUGGGACCCUACAUGCAUGAAAAUGGAUGAAGUUCUCUAUUCCAUCGCAGACAAAGUGAAGAACUUUGCAGUCAUGUUUUUAGUUGACAUUACAGAGGUUCCUGAUUUUAACAAGAUGUAUGAACUGUAUGAUCCCUGUACUGUCAUGUUUUUCUUCAGGAACAAACAUAUAAUGAUUGAUCUGGGCACUGGUAAUAACAAUAAAAUAAACUGGACUUUAGAAGAUAAACAAGAAAUGGUGGACAUUGUUGAAACUGUUUACAGAGGUGCCAGGAAAGGACGAGGUUUGGUAGUUUCACCGAAAGACUAUUCAACAAAAUACAGAUACUAAACUUCAGUUAUAUACCACUGUUACAUAGUCAGCAGUUGGGACCUUUUCACUGCUGUUAACAACUGUUGUUUUCUUUCUCCACAAGUAAUACUGUAGUAGCGGGUUGCUUUUAUCAAUGAAUGUAUUUAGAUCAAAGACUUUUCGUAUUUAAAACCUGUAAAUUAAGUCUGUAUGUUGAAAACGUAUACCGUACAAAACUUACACAUGAUUGGUAAUAACUGCGCUAUUGCUAUAAGCAUGAAUAAUGUAGAGUGUAAAUCAGAGGGUAAAAAUCAAAUUGAAGCUCACAAUAAUUGCAAGAUGUAAGUAUGGUAUCCAGCUUACAACUUGACAGUGCUCUGGGGAUCCAAAUAUUUAAGGAAUGCUCUGUAUGUUUGCAAAAUUUGGGUAAUUCUCGUAGCAUCCAGAUCCCAAACCCAUUGCUUUAUGUUAGGUUCUCCUCGUUAGUUUUCUACUUUAAUUAAUUUUUACUAUUCAUUCAUAACAAAGCUGUAUUGCUUCUCACCUGGUAGAAACUUAUGUAGAUGUGUGUUAUAUGUAGGUGUACUAUAGGAUAGUUUUUAUUAAUAAAAUAUGUGCAUAAUUACUAGUUAAUUUGCAUAUUGAUUUGUAGGUUUUAUG